GGCAAACGUCUUCGGAAUGUCCAGGCAACACACUACCUUCAACCGUCUCGGGUUCUGAGGCGUGCCCUCUCACUUGCUAUCUCCUCAGCUUUCCUUUCAGGCUAUGAAGUUUAGCUCUGCUCUCAAGUUCAAUGCCGUUUCGGAGUGGUGGGACGAAUAUAUCGACUAUGACACGUUAAAGAAACUCAUCUAUCAACUGGAGAAGCAACAGCAAACUACGGUUACUCCAUAUCAGGACCUAGAAUCCAACGAGCGCAGUUCUUUGGUCGGACGCCGUGUUGACCGCCAGACCGACGCCGCAUUCAUACCCAAGCUGGAUCGCGAGCUAAGGAAGCUUACAGCAUUCUACGAACAUCAGGAGAAGGAGUUGAUGGAUGAGCUGGAAGAUCUCGAAGAGCUUGUGAAGCAGCAGGAGGAACUUGGACUAGAAGGAGACCAUUACAGUGACGCAUCCAUAGAUGAGGAUGAUGAGGACGAUGAAAGCCUGUCGCAUAGCCGUGAAGCAACAGCAACUUCAGGUCGCCGACGACGAGGGUUGUCCACUUCCACUGGGAAUGUGAGAGAUAGUGAAAACGUUGCUUCCGAAAGCCCCUUAUUACCUACAGACCGUCGAAGACGCUAUAGCAUCGCCUCAAGCAGCGAAGGCGAGGCCGAUAUGGACGGGAGUCUACUCUCCUUACGCCGAAACAGACCUCUGUCUGGUACCAUAAGCAAACUUGCAAACAAGCUCAACGCCAUGAGAGAUAGUGUCACUUCCAGCAUGCCCUCAGAUAUUUGGAACGCAAAAACAAACUACGCCUAUGACACUCGACUCCUGUUCAAGAGACGCAUCACGACCCUCUUCAUCUCUUUCUCUUCCCUACGUUCCUAUGUCGAAGUCAACUACUCUGGUUUUCGUAAGAUUCUCAAGAAGUAUGACAAAGUUACGUACAGCGAGCUCAAGGAUGAAUACCUCCAUGAAGUCGUGGAAAAGGCACUCCCCUUCACCCAGUCAUCCAAGGAUCGACUGCACAACGCCAUGAACCGUCUGGUGGAACUGUACACAAAAUGUGUAUCACGAGGUAACGCAAACAUCGCCAGACACCAACUAAAGCUUCAUCAGCGGGAGCAUAUUGCUUGGGAGCGAGAUACAGUCUGGAGACAAAUGAUCGGUCGUGAACGGCGUGGAGAAGGGGGAGGGGAUGCGGAUCGGCCUCUUGGAGCGACGCUGGUGAAAGAAGAAAAGCCGGGCCUGUUCGAGAUACCUACACCUGCAGGAAAACUGAAGAUCACGAAAAAGAAACUUUACCUGCUCAUCUCAAUGGCGAUAUUCGCCGCUUUGCUAAGCGUGUCGAUUGUCCCCGGGAAGGAGGCAAACAGAUGUUUCGCGGUCUUGGUGUUCUGUACCAUUUUGUGGGCAACGGAAGCAAUACCGUUGUUCGUUACCUCACUAUCGGUACCAUUCUUACUCGUUUGUCUACAAGCCCUGCGUGGACCUGCACCUGAAUCUGAACCCCUAAGCCCACGGAGAGCAACUGAGUUCAUCUUCUCAGUGAUGUUCUCACCGACGAUCAUGCUUCUCAUAGGAGGAUUCACCAUCGCAUCUGCCCUGAGCAAAACAAAUAUCGAUCGGAUCCUAAUUACACGUGUGUUAGCCCUUGCUGGGACUAAACCGCGGACGGUGCUAUUGGCGUUCAUGGGUGUCUCGUGCUUUGCUAGCAUGUGGAUUAGUAAUGUUGCAGCUCCUACGCUUUGCUUCACGCUUAUACGACCCAUCCUUCGGACACUUCCUCCGAAAGCUUCAUUCGCUCCAUGUUUGAUUCUCGGUAUCGCAUUAGCAGCAAACAUAGGCGGCCAAAGUUCCCCUAUCUCGUCACCUCAAAACCUCAUCGCCCUCGGGGAAAUGCUCGACGGAGGUCUAGACUGGGGGAGAUGGUUCGCCGUCGCCCUCCCCGUCUCCGCCAUCUCCGUCUUCUUAAUAUGGGGUCUCCUCCUAGCUUCAUACCAACCUGCACGAGGCCCAGACGGGGAGAGUCAGAUUGAGAUUAGGCCAAUUAGGGCUACAAGGGAGGCGUUCACGCUUAAGCAGUAUUGGGUGGCGUUUGUGUGUCUACUGACGAUUGGGUUGUGGUGUGUUGCGCAUAAUAUUGAGGAGUAUGUUGGGGAUAUGGGGGUGAUUGCGAUUAUACCUAUCAUGGCGUUUUUCUCGACUGGUGUUUUGAAGAAGGAUGAUUUUGAGCAAUUCGCGUGGACAAUCGUCUUUUUGGCCAUGGGAGGAAUUGCUCUUGGGAAAGGCGUCACUUCUAGUGGGCUGCUGGACGUCUUGGGCGGCCUCAUCCGUGAUAUGGUUGAUGGCUUUGAAUUAUACACAGUUGUUUUGAUCCUAUCACCCAUUGUUCUCAUCGUUUCGACGUUCAUCAGCCACACCAUUGCUAGUGUCCUCUUGGUCCCCAUCGCCAAAGAGGUCGGAGCUAGUUUGGGUGGACACCACGAGAAUCUGCUUAUAUUCAUUACUGCUCUCAUCUGCUCUACUGGAAUGGGUAUGCCAGUCUCGGGCUUCCCAAAUCAAACAGCAGCUGCACAAGAAGACGAACUAGGAGAACUCUAUCUGUCCAACGUUGAUUUUCUCAAGAACGGUGUUCCCGCGAGCGUUGUUGCAACAUUGGUUGUGUCGACCGUCGGAUUUGUAUUGAUGCAGGCCAUUGGUUUAUGAUGAUCCGUUGCAACUUGACGUGCAUAUUAUAGAUCUCUUGGUUAGCUUUAACCCCCUCCCAUUUGAACGAAACCCGCACUUUGGGUUAUUCGGCUUAAUCUAAUUUAUAAAUUCUGGUAGUCGGUCGCGAAAAGUGCCUGUACCCCCUCGUUUCAGGGCUCCCUCUAUUCCGUAAAAACGUGGACCUGCGGCGGAAACGGGAAAACAAAAAGACAAAAAGAAACAACGUGGCCCGAGGGGCUCAUUUCGCUUACUAUCGAUAACUCAUGUGUUGAAAAAUUCGGGUACAAUAGGAAAAAGAAAGAAAAAAGAAGGAAAAAAAUUCCCUCUCUCUGCUUGAGGAGAUGUUGGAGGUGUUGUAAUGUGACGUUGUACAUUGUCCGUUGUUCGCGAAGCUUAUUAUCCGACGCGUCGAUAGACACACACACACACGCGAACCUGGGG